CGGAAUGGGAUGCCAUCGACGACCAGCAACUUCGCGAAUCAGGGCAUCUGGCUAAGGAUGACGGAGAAUUUUGGAUGUCGGAAGAGCACUUCAUCGAAUGCUUCUGCGCCGUCGAAUUUUGCCACUUGGAUCCUGGAUCCAUGCCCUCUGCGGUAGAAGAAGGAUUUUCUGAGAAAUUCUGGAGUGUCGAAAAACAUGAGGGUGCCUGGGUGCCCGGCUUAAGUGCCGGAGGUAGGCCUGAUUCAGAGGCAUACGCGACAAACCCUCAGUAUAUAGUGACCUUGGAUGAAGAGGACGACCAGGGUGACGGAUGCAGGAUCAUUGUAGCCUUACUCCAGAAGGAUCGCCGGUGGUUCCAGUCACGUGAAGACAUGUGGUUACCCAUCAACUUUCACGUCUACGAGAUUGAAGACCCCGGCAGCAGCUCCCGGCGCCUCACUGCGGAGGACUUCGAGAAGAGCCAGCUAGUUGGCUGCUGCGAUGCGUACGAACCUGGUCGCGAAGUGAUGAAAAGGCUCCAUCUUUAUCCGGGCACUUUCUGUGUCGUGCCGUCCACUCACGAAGCCGACCAGGCCGGAGACUUUUUGCUGCGCAUCUACACGGAGAAGGAGAGCACCUGCGGGUCAUCAGGGGUGAAAGGGGACGCCCGGAAGUGCAACGAGAAGCCGCUCAAGAUGCAAUUCUUUGAAGGAUGCAGCGGAGGGUAUGUUUCUGACGAUGACAUGAAGGCCGCCUUUGAUGAACUGGCCUCUGCCGAUGGCACCAUCUCCAUUAAGUCCCUGCAGAAGCUGCUCAACAAGCUAUCCGCGCUGGGGAACCAACCAGUGGAGUUUUCGAUGGAAUUCUGUCGAAUAAUGAUGACCUACGUCGAUGAGGAUCGCACAGAGAGCAUUGACUUCCAUGAAUUCAAGCGGUUGCAUAACGUGACAGAAGUUCUAAGGGUUACGCAGAUCGGUUAG